CUCACACCGACACCCAGCAGAAACAAGGCGAUGGCGGUCUAGAGAUUGGACUUUCACUGGAAUUGCGAUCAGCCCAAGACCAUCCGAUCUUCUUUUGCGGCGGCAUAGCAGCAUGGCCGGCUUUGUAUCUGGCACGUCUCCCUCCCCUGUUCAUCAUGGAAGGGCCAACCAUCGCAGCCAUCGUGAAUGGUGACCACUAUUCCUUCGCCAAUCGAGAACCACUUACACCUCCCAACUCUCAGAACACCCCAUCACCGAUAAGUUCCCCUACAUUUCGAAGGGAUGCCCAAGAUGGUCUUCCGCCGAGCCACGACAACGGUUCAUCCGAGCCGAAUAAUACACAACUUCAACCAGACGAGGGUCUAAGCAAUGGUCUCGAGACACAUGAUGGAGUUAAGAGCGUCACCAGACUUGUCGACGUGGAUCAUGUCCACGCGGCUACACCUACGAACAUGUUGCCAAAUGGCGAGCCAAAAGACCUGGCUUGUUCGCCUCCUUCAAUGACGGAGUCAGGCCAAUCGGGUCCGGGGCACGUCGCAGAACGUCCAAAUGGAGUGGAAGGCAAACAGAAUGGAGGAAUAGUGUAUAUGCCAUCGCCAGAUAUAUUGCACAGCCUGACGACUACAGUAGACUCUCUUCCUCUGAGUCCUGACGAUCCACAAACAACAGUACCAGUCUCCAAUAAUGACCUGAGCCCUCACACGGCCGUACCCAUCACCGCCAAAACUCCUGAGUCUCCUAAAUCUCCUAAUGAAGAUGUCUUCAUCUCCACUCCCCGGGCGGAACCAAGCACAUUUAGACAAUCUGAAACCUCAGAGACAAGACGAAGUCGCAACCUCACCAUCGAGACCGGCAACCAACUGUUGCAAUCUACAGGCAGUCCUUCACUCAGACCCAAUGUUCCACAAAGGGCUCUAUCCACCCCCGGCUCCCUGAAAAGUCCUCAGUCCCCUCAGAGACACGAUAGAAUCGGUCCACGACCAACGCUCAAGAUUCCUGAGACCGGUGCGAAGGUUGAUGGAACUGGAGGAAGAAGGCAUUCGUCUUCAGGGCGACCUCUCCCGUCCCCUAUGCCGGCGUCAAUUCCACUACCGCCCUUAUCGAUUCCGACCUAUCUUCAGCUCGAACUAUCGUCACAACGACCCUCCCAGCUAUACAUUCACAGGUCCGCCAACAGCGACUUUCCGUACGAGUCUUCACGAGUUAAGAUCGAGAGGUUGAUGAACUUCUUACUCCUGCCCAUGUAUCUCGAGAGCGUCCUCUGGUUCGGGACUCUUGCAUGUCUCGAUUCAUGGCUCUAUACAUUCACGAUCCUCCCACUCCGACUCCUCAAAUCAUUCUACAUCCUCGUCAAGUCUUGGUGCAUUAACUUCAUGAGCGAAGUGCAAUUCGUCUCCAACUUUGUGUACAACGGGACCGGGAGAAUGUGGAGAAGACGGAGGAGCAGUCUAGCGACUGUUUCUACGCGAAAAGUCUCGGGUUCUGACGCUGGCGAAAACAAACCGGCUCAAACCGUCGCAGCACAAAAUCGCAGGUCAGGGAGACAGCAUCAGAGAACAAAGUCAGUGCCAUCGGCAUUACUUCCGGAUGACAAGGCGGACAUGCUUAAGGGCCUGCUGAUAAUCUGCACAUGCCUUAUCCUUCUUAGGCUUGAUGCUAGCCGGAUGUACCAUUGGAUUCGUGGUCAAGCCGCCAUCAAGCUAUAUGUCAUUUACAAUCUUCUGGAGGUCUGCGAUCGGCUUUUCUCCGCAAUAGGACAGGAUGUCCUCGAAUGUUUGUUCUCCAAGGAAGCGCUCGAACGCAAGCCAGAUGGCCAUAGCAAAAUUCUACGGCCAUUCUGGUUGUUCGUCCUGGCACUCACCUACACAGUUAUUCACUCUACGGCUCUGUUCUAUCAGGUCAUCACGCUCAAUGUGGCUGUCAACUCAUACUCGAACGCCCUCAUCACAUUGCUGUUGUCAAAUCAGUUCGUGGAGAUCAAAUCCACUGUGUUCAAAAAGUUCGAGAAGGAGAACCUUUUUCAACUGACUUGUGCCGACGUCGUCGAACGCUUCCAACUUUGGCACAUGCUGGUCAUUAUUGCAUCUCGCAACAUCGUGGAAACCGGAGGAUUGAGUGCGGGAUUAAGUGCUCUUACCAGAGCGUCAAGUGCAACAGCGGCGCCUCCACUGACUACAAAUAGUAGCAUUCCCUUCACCAGUGCUCUUCCUCCGAGAUCGGUUAGCUCGAUCCUUCCAAAGUCAUUUACUCUGUUACCGGCGGCGGUCAAUACGAUAACAUCGUAUGCGCCAGCUGUCAGUCAGGUGCUCGGACCGUUUCUGGCAGUCCUUGGGUCUGAAAUGUUGGUUGAUUGGCUCAAACAUGCUUACAUCAACAAGUUUAACAACACCCGCCCUGCAAUAUACGAUCGAUUUCUGGACGUGUUAGCGAAGGACUAUUACACAAAUGCUUUCGGCGACCAAAAUUUAACCAAACGAUUGGGUCUGCCAGUUAUCCCUUUGAGCUGUCUCCUGAUCCGAGCCACUGUGCAAACAUACCAGAUGUUUAUGGCAGCCUGGGUCCCUUCAAGUUCGCCAAGCUCAUCAACAAGUCUGGCCAGCAUCCACGAGCAUUACUCUGCGGCCCGGUCAAACAUGCCAAUGACCACAAGCACCGCGAUUUCCAAAACCGUCGACGACAUCAUCAGAGCCAUUCCUGCAGCCAUCACCAGCUCCAGUGUCGUCACACACAUGACGACCAUACUUUUGUUCCUCCUGUUCUUCCUGAUCCUACUUGCCUGCAAGCUCGUGUUGGGAAUGCUUCUCCUCGCAUUUGCGAGAUCUCGCUACCGGUCGAUGAAGCUGCGCGAGAGAAACCCCAUUUACCAUGUUGACGGCGGUCGGCGCGUUGGGGGAUGGGGCGUCGUUGAAGUUGACGACGAUAAACGCAGAUGGAUCUACGAGGAUGACCCUGCCGGUCUCAAAGCAUUGCGUGAGAGGGAGGAAAAGGACAAGAAGAACAAGGAAAAGGGGACUGGGGUGGAGAGCUUCGACAAAGUCAGGCGAUACGAGAUGGUGGCAAAGAGGAUAUGGUAGCCUCCCGGUACUCAACAGUUAUGUAGAUAGCAGGUCAUCCUGGUAUUUGAAGCAGUCCGCUUGAAUUGGAUUGAUAUUCCC